UCUCUCAGUCGUCAGUCGUCGAGCGAAACUUGAUCCGUGCACGCCGAAACGUUUCUACGCGCGCCGAACGUUACGCCUGCUAUCUGCGCAUCACCAUCGCCACCACCACCACCGACCCGGCCGGUGUGCGUUACCAGCGAAGCUUUUCCUGCGCAGACCAACCAGUGCGAUCACUUCAUUCUGUCCGGUUCCGUCAACGCGAACGGAUUGCACGAUUGCUGUGCAGAGCGCGAUUUUCCAUUCAAUUUUUCCGCACGUGAGCGACAGCAAAAGAGAGUGUGCAAAGAAAGGUGUCUGGGUAGCUUUUUUGGUAGGCUUUUUUUUAGAAUUGCUGUUUAAUUAAAGUGAGAAAACAAAGUGUUGGCAAGUGGUUUGCAAACGGUUUGAAGUGCAAGUGUUUUCCACCGCUUGCUUCGAUAGGCGAGCUGAGAGUUUUGCGUGUGCUUUUCCUGUGCUUAGUGACAGUAACGUUCAAGCAGAGCAGCGUGGCAGCUACUGGGAGCAGUUACCCAUCUUCGGCACGACACGAUGUUUGGCAAUCGAUUUUCACUGUUGCUGCUCGGCGCUUCCCUCGUGCUUGGGUGCGCACUGGCGGAGAAGGCACCGGCCACCGUCGCUAAAACCAUAUCGACCGACCACGACACGAACGCGAGCCCCGGAGCGUCCCUGGUGACCGGAAAAGCUGUCCGGCUCGGCAAGGCCAGCAAAAAGGCCACCCCGAUCACGUACAUCAAGACGCUCGCGAUGGACAGCAGUGCAGCGCAGUCGAACGAGCUGGACGCAGGAGCGCACCAUCAUGGGCCGCACAAGAACGCUAAUCGGUUCGCGCCGAAAUCGCUGGACGUUUCCUCCAAGAAGGAUCUGAGCAAUGCGGAGCUGUUCGGCAAGCUCGGUCUGGGCAAGGUACGUCCCGCGACCAACCACCACAAGAAGCGGCUGGCGGAGGAAUCCCGCCACUACGGCCGUCCGGACGAUUCGCACAUGUAUGUCAUCAAGCUGCCCCCGAAUCCGUACUACUACACGAACAACGCCCCGCUGAACAGCAUUUCGGACGUCGGCAAGCAGGUCCCGGUUGGAUUCAAAUCGAACGGCAAACCGGCACGCAUCUACCACUGGAACAUUCCGGUGCUGAAGAAGAUGCUCGGCGCGAAGCAGAGCCGCCAUCCGAACUCGCGCCGCCACGAUGACAUCGACGAGCUGAUCGACAUUAAGGAAAUUCCGACCUGGAGCAAACCGUGGGAGGCGGCACCGCGCGAAAAGUCGCUGCUGAAGAUGGGCUCACACGAGCGCGACGGGUCCGAUGGGUCGGGGCGGCUGGGCAAGCGCAAGUUCCCGACGUACUACGCGCCGGCCAAGAGGCAAACCGGCGGCGGCAAGUCGAAGAAGCACGCCAGCGGCAAGUACAGCACGGGCAGCAAUGGCAAGCCCCAGAGUUUCUACAUUCUGGGCGACAAGGGCAGCAAAACGAAGAUCGUGAGCCACGAGAAGGCGACAGCGGGGGUGUAGUAUGGGGCCGUGGAUAAGCGAUUUAAGCUUAGCAAUAGGUAUUAAGCUUCAUACUAACUAAGCAUGAGGAAGAGCAUGAAGGGAAGAUAAGAAACAGUAGGGUAGAUCGGAGAGAACCUCAACCAAACACCAAGCUGCUGUGGCGGGUGGCUAAUGCUUUCAAUUGCUUCCAAAGGACUGUCACAUUUCUUCGACAUUUAUGUAUGAAAUUGCAAAGAUAUAUUUGUUUUUAAACCAUAUUCAAAGGAAGACACUUGUAUCUUACACAAUACUCCUACACUAUCGCAAGCAAUCAAAAUGAAAAAAAAAAGAUUAAAAAAACUAGUUAUAGGUUUUAAAACGAUCCACCGUGCGUGUCUCUUCUUACACGAUGGUGGAAGUCAGGGUAACGUCGUCUCCUUUGGAGGAACUUUCGCUUAUCGCAUUAAUUCUAACGCACUUGGUGCUGCUACUGCUUUACUAUUUACUUGUACUUAAUUUAUUGUUUAGACCAGCAUCACAUUCUUCCCGCUAUGCUGCACUUGGAGUCUCGCAUAUUGCGAACGGCACGUGCACAGCGUAGGGAGCGUUAUUCAUAAAACGCACGGCAUAUGUAUGUUAAUGUACGAUUUUUAUACUAGAUCUAUUCUCUUGAAUCAAGCCAGCAACCAGCAAACAAUUGAUCGUAUUUCCAGGUGUUGAAUGUUUAAAUUAACGAUUGUUUUUAAAACGAAACAACAUUCCAAACGAACUGUGCUGGAUUGUGCGAACUGCGCAGAACGUUGUGGUGCUUAUGGGUUGAUUAAGCAAGUGCUUGUAAAUAAACAUAUCUUAAUCUUA